AUGGCAGAAUUGGCUUUAGGUAUUGCCGGCUUCGCAGGUACCGUCGAUGUUUGUAUCAAGUUGGGUAAAUUUCUCAUCCAGGCAUACAAGGACUAUGGUCAGGUUGAUAGAAUGGCCGACGAGCUGUCGGUGAGAAUUCAGAUUUGCUGGUCGCGGCUUGCAAGUCAGCUCGAGAUCAUCAAGGAAUUAGAAAGCGGGAUGACGGAUGACCAGCGUGAACUUCAAAACCACGUACUACGCAUUCUGCUAUCUAAACUCGAAGCUUCCACGAUUGCUAUCUCGAGACCAGAUAAACAUGGGAAUUCCAAAAGAACGAAAGCUCUGCAUUUCCUCAAUCUUCGAGAAACGCUCGAAAGCACCGUUGCCGAUCUUGAGUCCUGGCAAAAGCGGUUCGAGCCAUCUUGGUUCCAGAUUCUAAAGACUGGUCCAACCAAUGUUGAUGACGUGCUGAGAAACGUGACUCGAGGCAAUACUCGAGGAGAGCUGGCUCGUGAGGGCUUGAAGUUCCGGGAAGCUUUUAGCAGCAACGAGUCUGUUAAACUUGCAGAAAAAGUACUUGAAAACCUCGAAACUCAAGUGAUCCCAUAUUGCAAGACCGAACUUGCGAUCAAGAAGAAGGAGAAGAAAUACUUCAUCGUUGAUACAAUUUCUCGAGACACCGUUGAGUUGAGAGAUGCUCGAGAGCUUGCAUCACGUCUCCGAGAUUCGAACCCUUUUACUUUUGGGACCUUGAAGUGCAAAGGAGUUGUGCAUCUCACCAAGGAGCCCUCUUUGAAGUUCGUUUUUGGCGUCCCAGAAGGGUAUUCCAAGGUUCAGAGCUUCAGGGAACUUCUUCUUUCUGGCAGCAUUCCAGAUUCGCUCACUACAAGACUCAAGAUGGCUCGGCAGCUCGCCACAGCAGUCUACUAUGUUCAUCUUUACGAAUUUGUUCAUAAGAAUAUCACGCCGGAAACUAUAAUUACCUUGGGAUGCCCAGAAGCACCGAAUGAUGAGAUGCUGGUGUGUCUGGUUGGAUUUCAACUUUUCCGAUAUGUCGAUGCACCAACAAAUACUUCCAGUACUGAAAAAAAGGAUCUCUUGUAUCACCACCCAGCCCGUAUGGGAGGCAAGAAGGUGAAGUAUGUUAUGCAGCAUGACAUUUAUAGCCUUGGAGUUUGCCUUUUGGAGAUUGGCUUAUGGCAGUCACUUGUUGAGUACGACGAGGGUAUUGCCAAGAUAUCCAAUCUCUUGCGACCUUUCGAAUAUAAUAUGGAGGAAACUGACUCGCAAGCCAUUCAAGAACGAUUGAUAGAUCUUUGCGAGACUCGACUGAAAUCUUGCAUGGGUGAUAUAUACAGUAAGGUGGUUCAAACAUGCUUGACUUGCUUGGACGAAGGCAAUACUGAAUUUGGCGACCCUCGAGACUUUGAAGACCAGGAAAGCGUUGAUGUAGGGUCUCGAUAUGUGAAGAAAAUCGUGGAUUCACUGAGCAUCAUCUAUUGUUGA